CAAUAACAUUCACCGCUCCAAUAUUCUGCGACCAAUUCUGAGCAGCUCUCCAACAUUUGACCAAUCACAGCGGAGAAAUGUUGAGAAGGACUCAUGGGGGACUUUGACACUGUCAGGAGAACUGCCCAUGUCCUCACCAUAUUGCUACACUUGCCAGCGUUCCCACUCAGAUGAGCAUCUGCACCUGCAAACAAGACCAUACAAAGUAACAAAUCAAACCCAUCGAUUACCAGGCAACCAAUAUAGUGGUUGCCCAACAUAGUCCUCCCUGUAGUGGAGGGCAGAUUUCAUAGGACCAUAAAAAGUACCUGAGCCCCUAUUUUACUGAUUUGAUGAAGUGGAGGGAAUGAUUUGGUGGAUCUGUUAGUCCAAAAAGGAAACAGUGAGAUGAAGAUAAAGUAUUAGAAGAUGAGGACAACAUAGAGAAAAUGGAGCAAAGGCCCUUGUGACUUCUCUCAUGCAAAGAUAACACCACUUUCACCACAUGCUAACCACAGCAACCGCAGCAGCACAGUAGUCCAAAAUUUGCCCUGAAUAGUCUGCAGUCCCACAGUCAGUUGUCACAAGGGGACAAAAGAGAGGGAGAUGCAACUUCUGCACAACAGAAAAGGACUGCAAAAGUGUACCCUAGUAACUGACAUGGAGGAAGAUGAGGGCUUCUCUGAUAUCACAGUGCCGGGCCUGGAGGUCCUUCAGGUUCCAGCCUCUCCAACUCCUGGUUUCUGCACCAUUACAUCUGGUCUUGGUUCGCUGGCUGACAAUACAUCCAGUCUUGCCUCCAGCGUCUCCACCCUGGCGAUCACCACAUCUUCCAUGGCUCCUGGCACAUCCAGUCUGGGCUCUGGCACAUCCACCACAGCUCCCAGCAGAUCCACCCUGGUUCCCGGCACAUCUGAUAUGACUCCCAGCACAUCCACCCUGGUUCCUGGCACAUCCACCCUAAUACCAGCAGUAGUCCUUCCUGUGUCAGCAGUUCAGGGCACCAACCCACAAGCCAGUGCGCCUAUCACCACAGUGGAAGCUGGAGCAACUCCAAAGAGGCCAUAUAGGCGAACUGUAGAAGCAAACACAUGUAAAAGGUGUGGCCAGUUCUGCACUGGACGCAGCCAGUACUCUGCCAGUACCAUGGCAGAGUGUAGUGCCCUCAAUCUGAAUUUCUUCCAAAAGACCAAUGGUUGGAGGAAAUGAGGAAAAAGUUCCCUAAAUAAUAAUGUGAAAUGUAAAUAGUUAAUAGUUGUAAAUAUUAGUUGUAUUGUAAAAACUUUAAAAUAGUUUAUUAAAGUAUUGAAAUAUUAUUGUCUUUACUGUAAACAGUUGUAUGAAAAAUCAAUAUUUCUACAUCUGAAGUUUUCAUU